AUGACUUCCACAACUUGUUUUUGGUGCCUUUUAUCAUUAAAAGAUCUAAGCUUCGUUUAUCUUUCUUCAUGGCUUUCUAAAGCCCUUGGUCCGGAGCAUGAUUUAAUGUUAGGAACCUCAUUUUUUGAUUAUUUUCAUCCCGAAGAACAAGAAUUGGCGCGUCGUGAUUUGACUGAAUUCGUUAAAAAGAAAACUUUGACUUGUUCCGUGACAAGAUGUCAAUAUAAUUCUAUUCAAGCCAUAAAAAACAAGUUACAACAAUCUAUGAUUCCUUCGUCGAAAUCUUUUCAACAAAUGACACAAUAUUCUCCUGUUUCAUCUACAAUGACGUCGCCCACUUCUGUACAGACCACCAAUGAUGAAUUUAUAAUCAUGAAUGUUGGAAUGAACGUCGUUAGUCAAGAUAUUGUAUUGGCCUGCUUCCAUUCCGAUGAGGACAACUCGAGAUGUGUAUCCGGUAUAUGUGGCGAAACGGAAUUCACCGAGGAGGAAAUAGAUAAAUUAACGUCCCUUAUGCACAAACAUGUGGCAAAUGGAUUGUCCAAGGUUCAAACGCCACCCUCUACACCAUUUUCCGAGAAUUCUUUUAACGGUAACAACGACGAAACGCCAAAUCGUAUAUUUCAAAUCUUUGAUAGAAAAUCUCUGGAUUUGAUUUUCACAUGGCCACAACCAUUUUCCAAUUUCGACUCGACCGAUUCAACUUCAGAUUUAUAUAACAAAGAUGAUUUCUCAAGACUUUUACAAGAUGUUUUGAUGACAAACAAUAAUCAUGCUGGGAUAAAUAGAAAUGGUUCAAAUGAUCCUGAUAAGAAGACUAAUAAGGCGGACGCCGGGUCACCGAAUUGUUUAAAACUCGUUUCUGAUAAACAUAUUAUAUUGUUAUCUUCAGGAACUUAUCGUCAAGUUGAAAGUGUGGUAAUCUCUUAUGGUGAUAUUAUUUUCUCUUACUUUCAAAUCCUACCUCCCGCUUCUUCAAAAGUUUCAUUGGGAGUUUCUUCAGCUUUCAUUAAACCAAAAUCAAAAUCAGCACCUUGUUCACCCGCUACUACAAUUAAUGAUAGUAAUUGUCCUGUCAAAAGGCCUAGAUCGCCUGGUUCCCUCUCUCCUUUGUCGUCUUCUUGCAUUAGUUCUGAGAUCCAACAUUAUGUUCAAAAUUUUACUUAUUUACAAGACGACGUUCCUGAAUUCUAUCUUAACCAUCGUACCAAAAAACAUCGAGUUGCUGAACCAUCUUCUGCGUCAAUUGGUUCGUCUGAUAAUGAUUCAAAAGUACAUCUCGUGAACGGUUCACCUUCUCCGACUCAUUCUCCUCAUAAAUUGUCCCGUUUAUUACCUUCAUAUCAACCUCCUUCUCCCUCAUAUCAACUUAAUUCCCCACCAUAUCAGGGUAAUCCUUCCUCAUAUCAAGGUAAAAACCCUUCAUAUCAAAGUAAAACCUCUUCAUAUCAACCUAUCCUUCCUUCACAACAAUUACGACACAUACAACCUUGUCCUCCUCAAAUCACAAUUGCAAAAGACCAAAAAGCUUCACAACACCCGCAACAAUCAUAUCAUCCUCGUAUUCUCCCAGCAACACAACCUUCUUCUCAACAACAGCAAAGCUAUCCUUCUCCCACAAAUCGUCCUGCUCCAUUCUUGACACAAAAUUACCCUCCCGUGUUACCGCGUCAACAACCGUCCUCACAAUCGUCAUCUGCGGCUAACCAAACUCGACGGUUCUCCCAAUUCUCGCCUCAUCAACGUCGAACCAGUAACAACAAUAAGAAUACUAGCGGCGUUAAGAAAUGUGAAAGUUGUCAUACCUCUUCUAGUCCUGAAUGGCGCCGAGGUCCAACUGGACACAAGACCUUAUGUAAUGCUUGCGGGUUGAGAUAUUCUCGUACUAUUGCGAGAGAAAAUCGCAAAAGAGAACAAGCUCAACGUGAUCAAGAACAACGUCAACGUGAGCAAAGAGAACGCGAAGAACGUGCUCGCGAGAGAGCCGCUGCGAUGAUGAUGCAAAGAGUAAUCGAACCAUUUUCUCAAUAUAGACCGGCUAUAGUAGCCGUUUCGG